AUGUACUCGAUCAGAGAGAAAGACUGACGUCGAUUGAAGGAAAGGGUCAAUAGAGCCUUGAAGUCAGAGAGUACAGAUUUGUUACAGUUGCUGUCCUCUCACCAUUCUUGAUCCAGAGUCCACUGACUGGCUCUAUCUGAUGCAUGGAAUGUCAUCCUGAAUUGAAUACAUGUAUCCAUCUGGUACACAUACACCAAGAUUUUUCCAUGAGAUGCUAUAAUUUUAUGCCAUCAUGCUACUUAAUAUUAUGAGAAUAUUUGGUACAGAAUGUAAUGUUUCGGAAAAGAAACUUUAGCAAGUACUGAAGUCACAGGAUUCUUGUGAGGAAAAAAAGAUGGCAGCUCCAAAUAUGGUUGUCUUUCUCUCCAGUCUUAUGCAAAGGAGACAACACAUCCGCUAACACAAAAUUGUUGGAUUGCAGAUGGCAGCAGAAAAUGGAAAAUGCGAACCAAUGGAGACAGAUCACAUCUACGGUUCUGACAGGUAGGAAACCAGCUGCAUUUACACAAGGAGGUGGCUGAAAUCAUGCAGCCUUUGGACUCAGAGAAAAGCUUAAUCAAAAUCAGCCACUGUAACAAAGACAUAUUUGGCUCUUCUGUGCCCAAGCACUGCCCUCUUUGUGGUCAGAGUCUGGUCUACAGGAAACUGGAAGAAGCACCAGUCAGCAUCCCUAGUCCAUUUGUGAACGGGCACAGAGAAAGAUGUUCUUUUUUGCUUAAACCUACUACAGGAACAUUUCUAAGUGGCUAUGAUGGAAGUUCUGACCUUCAUGUUGGGAUAACCAGUACCAAAGGUUUGGUGUAUAAUUACAACGAAGCAGGAGUUCACAAAGCUGAACAUGGGUGGGAACAAUGUGUGAACAUUCCUCUCGUCCAGCCUGACAUGUAUGGCCUUCUUGAGCAAUGGGAUUUAUACCUAGAACAAUUCUCAGCAGCAGAGAUCUGGCUUCCUCACAGGUACGAUGAACAUCUCCACAAUUGUUACACGUAUGCACUAAUGUUUAUUAACUGUGUGCUGAGUGCCCAAAAGCAGCAGCCAAUGAAUAAAAGUGAAUUUACAGAGAAAUUUGUGAUUCCACGUACAAGAAAAGCUUCCAAAUAUAUCACUAUCUAUAAAGAAAUAUGCAAGAAUGGCUUCUAUACUGUUGAUCACCCUAGUCAAGAAGGAGGCACUUCCACUGUGGGCCAUUUGACUUCAUAAUUAAGCACUCACAGAUAAUGAAUGAAAGUAAGAUCAACAGGUUCAAGCAUUUGUGCUUUUUGUUCCUAUCCUCUCUCAUGGACAAAGAGAUGCUGGGACUCGUACAUGGUUUAAUAUAUGUUUGUUUGUAAGGAAGUGGAGACUGAUGAGGAUUAUUCUCAGUCAUCUGUGAGACUGCAGAACCUUGAGUUUGCUUCUAGCCUUCUAAACCAUGGCAUCUACUAUUACAUAAAGCUGUUGGCUUGGUUCCUAGCUAGGCACAGACCUUCCAUUCACAAGACAGGAUUGGGGUACAGCAGAAGAUACCUCCUGGCAGUAGAAUGGGUGGUAGAGGAAAACAAUUUUCACCAAUUCUCAUAUAUCUCCCUUCAGGACACCCUUCCCCCCUCCACCAAUCCAUUACAAGCACAAAGAGCAGCAGGAGGAAUGGGAAAGUCCCUUUUUCUGCUUUCCUUGGCAGGACUGUCCAUAAAGUCUACUCCUCCUGCCAACAACAGCAGAUGUUGGAUCCAGCCGUUAUGUGUGGUCACUGACUGCCUUGGGAUGAAAUUCUUUACAUUCCAGUACAAUAUUUAAUAAACUACAAUCACUAUAGAGGCUGGCAGUUCGAAAAUUUUAAAUGCUAUAUUCUGGAUAUAUUUUUGAGUUAAAUAUAAAUGUUUUAACCAAGGCUAAAAUCUUAUGCACAUUUACUCAUGUAUAAGACCCAUGGAUUCAGUGAGCAAAAUCCUAUUGCUUAGUUAACACUUGCAGAAGGCAAACAGGAGAGCUUGUGCCUUCUGGCCAACAAUUAAUGAAUUGCUGCUGAGAUUCUUGAGCAUGCACCAAGCCAGAGAACAUGCAGACCCCUGAGAAUACCUGCAACAACUCAUUAAUUGCCAGCUAGAAGUGAAUGAAUGUUAUUCCACUUGCUUUCCAAAUGGAUUUCAGCCACUGGAAUUUACAUCUACAUAUACAGGAACAGAAUUGCUCAAUCUAUAAACCAAGUUAAGUCCAAACAUUAGCAAUCUGCAAAUUUCAAACCUGUGAUGCAUCCAGAGCAGGCCCAGUCUUCUCAUCUGUACUUUGUGAGAAAUGAGUGCUAGUGUAGAAGCAACCACUGUUGUAUUAUGGAGCUAAGGCCUUCUGUAGGACACUACCAAUGUUCUGC